UGGGACGCCAUUACUGGCAUCAUUUUUUGUCCGUUGAAAUUGUUGAAAAAGAAUGACCAAAAUCGGAUAUUAUUCUUCAUUUGUAAUAGUGUGGAAACUGAAUUUUUUAUCGUGUGGUGUACUAAGACAAUCCGCUUAGAUUCUAUUUGAAGAUUAUGCUAUGUUUAUCGCGUAAAACGGCUAAGAAAACUUGACACGAACAUGGCGGGACGUCUGGUGGUGCUGGACCGCGCGGGGCGCGCCAAGAGCAAGAGCUUCGUGCUGGGCUCGGGCAUGUGCACGCUGGGCCGCAGCGCCGCCUGCGACAUACGCGUGCUGCUGCCCGAGGUCAGCCCGCAUCAUGCCACCGUAACAGUGCACGCUAAUCAGACUGUGGUGCGGAACGUUGGAUCGGGAACUACAGAAGUAAAUGGCACACCUGUGAGUGUGUGCGCUCUACAACAUGGAGAUGAACUGGACAUAUGUGGCCGCAAACUACGCUGGGAGUAUGACACGCCUCAAGCACUGAAACGGAACAAGACACAGCCAGCCUUGGCGCUGCCGACGGCACCUUCGCGCGGGAAUCGCCGCGGCACGAUGGCGGCGCCUCCGCGAGCGCCCGACCGCGACGUACAGUUGGCUCUUGAACUGCGACAUCGCGCCUCUAUGCCUGCAAGUUCGGGUGCAGGUGGAAAACAAGUGGCAAUUGUUCAACCUCAGAGAAGAAAUACUGAUAACCAGAGUGAGUCGACAAGCCCUCGGCUGGUGGUGUCCCCGCACCGGCCGUACCGCGCGCACGCGCAGGAGCCCGGCCCGCCCGCGCCGGCGCCGGCGCCGCGCAAGGCCGCCAGCGCUCGCUUACACACGCCUACUAAGGCAACCCUGUGGAUCGAGUCCCGCCGCGGCCGCGCACGCGCAAGCUCCCUGCGCAGCGCGACGCCGCUGCGGCUCGCCGUGCUGCGGAAAGCGUUAACCCCAGCUCCGAGAACGACUAAAGUUCGCGUUACGAAGAUACAGGCGCCACUGCGUAUUGAUCACACAAAACAAGCAGCGAUAAUGCUAAUGACGGGCCACACGCCGAAGUCCAAACUCCCCAGCCCCAAGACCCCAACCUUUGUGGCCAAGAAGCGGAGUCCCGCCACCAGGACACCUAAAGGCCGGAGCACCCUGAAUGCUAGCAGCAAGUCUACGAGGUCCACUCCGCAGGCGUUAGUGUCGGACACGCCGGAGAAGUCCACCAGGAAGAGUAAUAAGAGGAACUUGGGGAAACAGUCGGUAUCGGUCCUAGAAAUCACGGACUCGGAAACAUCAUUCCGCCGUUCACCCGCCCUGCCUCACCCACCAAAAUCCGCUCUCAAGUCUGGUCGCUCCCGCAAGACAGAAUCUAUCAAAUUCGACCUGAGCAAUCUUGAGAAUCACUCUGAAGACGACGAUAUACUCAUGGUAUCGAGUACUACAAGAGAUGCUACUGAGGAUGUAACUUUACGGUACUCCAGUUCGCCUCCGUCGCCAUCUCCGCGCCGCUCCAUACAUUCCCGGAGCGAGCGAAUGCUAGAAAGCCUUGGUUCCCCACUCAGGUCGCCGGCGAGAACGAGAACGUCCGCUCCCGCCUCGCCCGCGUCUCCCCGCUCUUUAAAAUCAGCCCGAGGCUCUAUAAUCGUCCAAAAAGCUCUGGAAAGCUCGGACACGUUUGUCACAGAGUACAGCAACAAAACGGGAUCGCCGCGCCGUCGCGAUCUAGAAGCCUACUCCGUCGUCGAUCUAGUAUCUCUAGACUCGGACACGUCGCGUUCCGUGUACGGUUCAGCAGGAUCCCCUUCGCGUUCAGGAUUCGGGGCGAGUACCCCGUUGGUUACACGUACAGCGCCUAUGGAUGGAACGAUGACGACUCCAGAGAAUGCGCCGCGAGCGCCUUCACAAAGCACCAGGAAAUCCCGCGGCGCUCGCAGCCGCUCAAGACUUGACGAUAGCACGAGGACGAUAGAUUCCAUAGAGGAUGACUCCCCUAAAUCUUCAAGGAAACUAGUUAAAUCGGCCUCGAAGCGCUCCCGUAGCCUUAACGACAGCUACCCUGAAUCUCCUCAGACCUACAUCUCACUUGAUUCAUCAUACAAAUCUCUAGGCAAUCUGUCGACUACAGCGAAACGUGGAUCUCGCAGUCAACUCAACACUAGCAAUCAUCUUCUCGAGUCUCCGAACAACAUUUCCAUUGAAUCUAUGAAAAAGUCACUGAGCAGAGUGCUCUCCGCUUCAAAACGGAGUCCUCGCACUCGGGACAACACGUUAGAGGAAUCUCCAAAAGGAAUUUCGCCAAGAAAAUCUCUAGCGCAAUCACCUACGAAGCGUAGUUCUCGAGGCAAUGCCACUGUCACACUAGGAUCACCAAAAGACAAUAUUUCUAUUGGAUCUUUGAAAGAAUCGCUGGGUAAGAAGCUUUCCUCUUCACACUCUCGCAGUCGUUUGGACGAUAGUUCUGUACUUGAAUCUCCGGAAGUUACGGCUCACUCGACAAGGAAAUCUCUUGGAAAUACACUUUCUGCCUCUAAACGCGGCUCGCGUAGCCAAAUUGACAAUAUCACAUUUGAGUCUUCAGUUGUUUCUGCUAAAUCCUCAAGAAAAACUUCAGGAAAGUCACCUGUGGCAUCUCCAGAAAAUGUCUCAGUUAACUCUACAAGAAAAUCUGCAGGGAAAUCACCUUUUCCUACGAAACGCAGCUCUCGAAGUCCACAUGACUCUAUUACUCCUUUGAAAUCUCCAAAAGCUAAUGUUUCAAAUGCAUCAAGAAAGUCUGCAGGAAAAACUCCCUCUCCUUCAAAAGGAGCUUCUCGUAGCCAACUCAACAACACUGCAUCGCCAAAGUCUCGAACAUUGUCUGCUUCAAAACGCAGCUCACGAAGCCAAGUUGAUAGUGUCCUCAGUUCACCAACUGAUUUGACUGAUUCAACUAGGAAAUCUACUGAACAGUCUUCUGUGUCAAAACGUGGUUCUCGCAGUAAUAUUAUUGACAGUGUGUUAUCUCGACAACUUGAUAACUUGUCGGAUUCAACAAGGAGAUCAUUAGGAAAGACACUGUCUGUUUCAAAACGUGGAUCUCGAAGUCAACUCGUCGAAACUAUCCUCAGCUCUCCAGAAACUGAAGCUUUGGCCGAUUCGACACGAAAAUCUCUAGGCAAAACACCAAAACGUGGGUCUCGCAGUUACGUCGAAAGUAUUCUCAGUCCUCCUGACGGUACGAAUAAUUCUACUAGAAGGUCUACAGGAAAGUCCCAUUCUGCUUCAAAACGAGGAUCUCGUAGCAAAAUCAUCGAUAGUGUGUUAUCUCCACAACUUGACGUCUUAGCUGACUCUACAAGAAAAUCUAUAGGCAAAAGAUUGUCGGCGUCAAAACGUGGUUCACGAAGCCAAGUUAUUGUCAGCGUAUCUCCAAAGCUUGAUGCUCUUUCUGAUUCAAAACGCGCUUCACUCCAAGCUGAUAGUCCAUUUAAUUCUCCUAACGUUUUGGCAGAUUCUACAAGGAAAUCUUUGGGUAAAACUCCGAAACGUGGUUCUCGAAGCCAACUGGAUAGUAGUGUCACAUUAGAAUCUCCAAAAGCGAAUAACUCUACAAGAAAGUCUGCAGGAAAGACGCUCUCUACUUCAACUCGUAACUCUCGCAGUAAACUUAUCGAUAGCGUCCUAUCUCCUCAACUUGACGUUUUAUCAGAUCCUACUAGAAAAUCUCUAGGAAAGAGUCUUUCUACUACAAAACGAGGCUCUAGAAACCAACUUGUUGAGAUUCCCAGUCCCAGAGAUUUUUCCACUAGGAAAUCUGCAGGGAAAUCACCCUCCCCUUCAAAACGCAGCCAACUAAAUGAUAGUGUUCCGACUGAAUCUCCUAAAAACACAUCAAGAAAGUCUGGAGCUGAAACACUUUCGACAUCAAGUCGUAGGACAAGAAGUCUUCCUAUCGAGUCGCCUAAAAAUGCCAAGAAAUUGCGUGUCAGUGCUAUUUCUACCUCGAAGCGUAGCAUUCGUGAAGUUGACCAGAGUCCCGUUGUGUCCCCUAGAGGAAACGUUUCGCCUCAAUCGAGGAAAUCAGCGAAAUCCCCAUCUAAUACACCGCUGGCGUCUCCCAAAGUCGCUUCGCCGAGUAAAUCUCCAAAAUCACCCGCAAAAUCGCCUGCAACGUCGCCUGCGAUAUCGCCUAAAGUUUCUAAAGCGAGAACUUCGAGAAAAACUCUUACUGUAUCUAUCACACGCGCUCCUAAUGAGACUGUGACAGAUGGAGAAGUGACUCCAGAAGAACGGGGAAGCCCCCAGGAUGCCGGCACACCCAUACUUAGCAUUCGAAGCCUUUUGGACGCUACUGUAUCUGAGUCUCCUGGCGAACCUCCCCGCAAACGAGGAAGAAUUUCUGCGGUUGAAAAGAGGAAAACAUUCGCCGCUCAGAACGCGCCUAGAAAUGCUCGUGGCUCUAUUCGAUCCAAAUCUUUGAUCUUAGUUCGGGGUACAGGUGAUGUAACGCCUACAGGAGUUGCCGAACCGACCCCAGAGGCGGUUAAAAGCAAACAUUCAUCGGCAAAGAAGAGCCGAUCCCGCCGUUCCAUUAUUGAUAACCUGGAUGACUCCGGUUUAGUAAAACAUUUGUUCAAUAGUCCGGUGAAACGGAAACUAUCGCAGAGCAUGAGCGAAUUCUCACGUCGCCUCCAAGAACACGACGAAACCAGCCCUGAUGUUAGCGGCGUCAAGCGAUUAUUAACCAAGAAAUCACCCAGGAACGAACUCAAAGACUUUAACGGCGUGAGGCGUCUAAUGCGUACGCCUCGCGCGCGACGUUCUAUAAAGAACGACCUAACCGACGUGGCCGGGGUGAAGGUUAUGUUCGCGGCCGCACCUCGUGAUAGCUUCGGAGACGUCCGCGGCAUCAAGCGGGCCUUCCAAGCUUCACCCAAAGACGAUUUACGUCAAGUUUCCGGCGUUAAGAGCUUGUUCAACAAGAAGAAACCGCGCGAUGAUUUGUCGGACGUACGUGGAGUGCGGCAGCUGUUCCAACGCGGCCCCAGGAACGAGCUCAACGCGUCAGGAGUAAAGGAUGCUUUACAAGUGAAGAGUCCAAAGAAUGAUCUACGAGACGUGCGCGGGGUGAAGAAGCUUUUCAGACAAUCGAAGUCGCAGACGUCUCCGAACGUGAGCGGGGUGGCUAUGUUGCUAGAUGAGCCGGCGCCGGCGGAGGUCAUGUUCGAUCAACUGGUAGGCAAGCCGCCCGUGCGAGCGACGUAUUCCAAGACUUUUAUAGCCCGUUCGGCUCAAAAACCGGCCAAACGCCGCCGCACUACGUCGCUAAACGUAGACGUAAUCGUGAACGACGUCGAAGGAUGGCUAGAGAAGGAGUUACAAAAACGUGUGGGCAAACCUGUCAACCGUGAACUACAAAAACUAGCAACAGCGACGGUCGCGGGCGGGACGCCCAUACUUUCCUCUCGCUCUCGCAACAGCGUCGCCCCGAGGCGCUCUGCGGCGGAAAACUACGCGGAGCACACAUUGCCCAUUAAGAAACGCUCGCUAGAGAAAGCUCCAGAAUCGCGUUCGGCUAAGAAGAAGUCGCUACCGUUAAAGAAGCGCGCGUUGGUUCAUUCUACGCCGGUAAAGGGACGAGCUUCGCGCGCUGCGGAUGUCACGCUGGCGCGUAUGUCGCCCAUCGCAGUGGAACCUGCCUUAACCAGUAUUCAAGAACCUGCUGCGCCUGUAACUGUCGAAGAAUCUAAGGAAAUUCCAGCGCCUAAACCUGUAGCUAAGCCAGCGACACCAAAGAAGUCACCGACGCCUAAAAAGGCAACAAGAGGGAAAAAGAUCUUGACACCGACCCAGGUUACACCCAAGAAAGCAACAAGAGCGAAAAAAGCCUUGACACCGACCAAGGUUACACCCAAGAAAGCAACAAGAGCGAAAAAGGCCUUGACACCGACCAAGGUUACACCCAAGAAAGCAACAAGAGCGAAAAAGGUCUUGACACCGACCAAGGUUACACCCAAGAAAGCAACAAGAGCGAAAAAGGUCUUGACACCUAAAAAGGUAACGCCUAAAAAAGCAACAAGAGGUAAAAAGGUUGCUACACCUACAGCUUCACCUGAAAAGGCGCCAACACCUAAAAAAGCGACCAGAGCUAAGAAGGUUCUCACACCUGCAAAAACUUCUCCUAAAAAGUCACCGACACCUAAAAAAGCGACAAGAGCUAAAAGAGUUCUCACCCCGAAGGCCGCAUCUCCUAAAAAACCACCCACACCUAAGGCAACAAGAUCGAAAAAGGUAAACGCCGCUACUCCUAAGAAAACUGCUGCUAAGACCCCUACUGUAGUUGUUAAAAAACCACGUGUAGUCGUCGCUGCAAGCCCGAAACCGUCUAGAGGCGCUAAAAAGGCCGUAACAAAGAGUCCGCAUCCCAAAUCUCCUGCGACUAAACAGUCGAAAUCAAAGAAAGCAGCGCCGAGUCCCGCUCCAGUCGUGGAGAAACGUAGUCGCAAGCAAGCGGCCGCGGCAUCACCGGCCAAAAAGAAGGCUGUACGAGUUAGUCUAGUCCUGCCGAAACCAUCACCAGUCUUGAAACCUCAGCCCGCCGCUAGACCUAAGAGAUCUAAGAUCGAACCUAAACAAUCAUCGAAGAAAGCGCCAACGAGAGCCAAGAACCCUGCAGCUGGCGAUGCCCCCGCCGCUCGAGGACGCAAGGCCGCCGUAUCGCCUCAAAAAGGUAAAGGUAAAGCGUCGCCGAAAAAAGCUACUCCACAGAAAGCAAAAGCCACACCAGAGCCAAAGAAGGAUCGCAGAGCACCUGCAACAACGAAAUAUGAGACAUCUGGAAAGACUACUAAAGCCCCGACGCCUAAAGGAAAGACUGAAGUUCCCGCUACGCCAGAGCCAAGGAGAAAGGGACGCAAAGCCCCGGCUACUCCGGAAGCUAAGAAAAAGUCUGUCAAAGCAACCCCAGAGCCUACGAAAGGUCGUAAAGCAGCUGCGAGCCCGAAAGCGACCCCUGAGCCUAGGAAGAAGGGCGCUAAAGCUAUAGCGAGUCCGGAACCCAAGAAAGGACGUAAAACCGCCGCGAAACAGCAAGUAGAAGAGCCUGUGCCUAAACGAGGACGCAAAACUGUUGUUGAAGAUGUAAAGAGUCCGCCCGCGCCGCGCAGAGCCGCCAGGAAGGCUGAUCCAGCCCCGAAGGAAACUGCCAAAUCUAAAGGAAAGAAGGUAACAAUAGUGGAGCCCAAGGAGAGUCCGCCGCGAGGCCGCAAGAGGAAAAACGAUUCGUCAGUAGACAAGAAAAAAGAGCCCUCGCCUAAAAAGCCUCGCGCCUCCCGUGCCGCCACUGCUCCUGCAGCCGCCGCCGCCGCCGCCGCGACUCGCCGCCGCCGGUAGCGCGCACACGACACGACCAACACCACGACAGUACAAAUUAUACUUAGGACCCCAGAGAUGGCAGAUAUUUUAAGAAGAUCUUUUGGAAUGGUUCCGAUUAGGCGAAUUAUGUUUUAUCUUAUUUAUUUUAUAAGGAGGACAUUCUUAAAUGAACUUCAUUCAGUUAACUAUGUCUUCGAUGGAUUCUUUUUAGUUUAUAGUCGCGCAAAAAUAGCCUCCUCUGGAUUCACUUAGCAACAUCAAAAAUAUCUAGUCUACUAUCACUUACAAAUAUAUUGACUGGCAUUCUAUUACAAUUAUUAGAUUAUAAUAAGCUGUGUCAAAAUAUUUUUGAGUUUAAAUAUGGGCCCUAUCACACUAGCGAUUUGCGAGCGAGUUGAAAGCGAGGCAAGCGCACCGAUCUCGCUGCGUACUAAGAUACUGGGAUUCUUUGAAAAUACGUUGAACGCGGCGAGAUGUUGCGCGCUCGCCUAUCGCCAGUGUGAUAGGGCCCUAUUAGUUGAAUUGAUAUUUUUGCUUUGCAAUGGUAAGCAAGGAUGGAAUAGAACGCACAAUGUCGUGAGGUGUAACGAAAUUGGCUACUUAACUUUUACACGAUUCGCAUGAAAAAAUAUGGUAUUUUUGGAAUGUAUUAGGCCAAUUUUACUUUACCUGCUCAAAAGCCGGAUGCUAUAACGGUGCAUUUAUGUGUUUGUUAAUUUUAAUAAUGAGUACAAUUUAAUUGUAAGUGGCGCACGCUCUCGAUUUUACGCUUCCUACGUAGGAUAGUGCCGCAGAACUUCUGCUAUCUCUUGCAAUGAAAUAGGCCAUUUUGAUAAGGUUUUUUCAAGUUUUGAAAUGUUUUGCAGUUCGAGUACUUUGUGUCCUCUGACCGCUUAUUAUUGAACACAGAAAAGUACUUAUUGAUACCCAUCAGGAUAAACAGGAUCAUCUUUUAACAUUUUUUUACAAAUCGUUCCUUGCAUGCUUAUUAAAAAUGAUGCAUUUCUUCGAGUAAGAUGCUUCAAAUUUAACCUUGAUUUGAUUAGUGUGGAAAUAGAAACUGACCGAUUUCUUUGCCAAGAGGUAUUUUAGAUAUAAAUAUUAUAGACUUUAACGACGCGACGGCCGCUUCGACUUGACCCUGUGAUUAGAAUACUACUCUACUUAAGUUGGAGCUGAACUGUAUAAUACCUAAAACCUAGUUUUAGUAGACAAAUAUAACAUACAUUAAGCUCAAGUAAGCGACAGUACAGUACUGGUUGCCUAUGUAUGUAUACAUGUAUACGGUAUGUAGGUUCACUGAAGGGAACAAACUGACGUCUAACCAAAUCACUUUUAUUUUAUUAGGUAUAUAUUAUAUUACUAUUUUAAUUAUUAGAUAGACAUAUACUGAUAUUGUGAAUGAAUAAAUGUAGAGAGUUUG